CUUAGGGAAAAUAUAACGUGGUUAUAGGGAAGGGUUAGGUUUGUUGAUAUAUACAGCUUUGGUUGAAACGAAAAGUAGUGUUUAUCGUUGUAAGGAAAUUGGUGAACGCUUAUUAUUCAAGCUAAAUAAUGAAAUUUCGAUUUUGUGGAGAAUUGGACUGUCCUGACUGGGUACUUGCAGAAAUAGCUACUUUAUCUAGAAUUUCAUCUAUAAAGAUGAAAUUGCUGUGUACUCAAGUCGUCAAUGGUAUUUUAGGAACGCCUAUUGAUUUUGAUAAAGUUAACAAGCUCACUGCUGAUGCUAAAUACGAGAAAGGUGAUGUGAAAGCAACAAUUGCUGCUCUGACUUUUAUAUUUACCAGUUCAUCUAAGCAUGCAAUUGAUGAGGAUUCCCUUUUAAAUGAACUUCAACAACUUGGGUUGCCAAAAGGUAAAUUUGUAAGAACUUCUGUUUUAAGCAUGAAAUUUAACUUUCUAUUAAGUUUUCAACAGAUAAUAUACAGGGUGUGACACACACACACACAC